AUGGGCAAGAAGGACGCGGCUCAGGUCGCUGCGCCGCGGCCGAUCGCCAGCUCGACGGGGCUUGUCAAGGUCCAGGCCAAGAUGCACUUUGCCAUCCCCCCUGCAUGGACAAUGGAUCCCUUAUCAUCCGUUUUGGAACAGCUCGACACACUUGUCAUGCGCUAUAUUCCUCAGCUUGAGGGCGUGCUAGUCACGCACUCGAAUGCCAAGUUCUUGCGUGCGCUCGGCGAUAUUGACGGUGAUGCAGCAUUUGCAGCAGCACCGGUGAGCUUUACAGCCUUGGUUUGGCGUCCCGAAAUCGGCAUGGCGCUCCAAGGCACCAUGUCCCUGUCGCUCCCUAGCCAUGUAUCUCUGUUGCUCUAUGAUACAUUCAACGCAGCUAUCUCGGCUGCGCACCUUCCUGCUUCUGAAUGGGAGUUUGUCCACUACAGCGAUGCCGGUGAGAGUCACCGGCGCAGCUUAACCGACCGCAGCAUCGGCUUCUGGAGACACAAAGUAACACGGGAGCGGCUUGGCGGCGACGAUGGUCGUCUCACAUUUUCUGUCAUCAGUAUGACGGUGGCCCACCAGAUGUUGUCUCUGCAUGGCAGUUUGCUUGACGAUCCGUUUAGCGUGCCGCCGCCGCGUCCCGGUUCUCUAUCGUUCGAGCAGAGUCUCAGCGCGACGGAGCCUAUGGACGAACAGCCUGAGGAAGUGUCUGUGCCGGCCCCUCGCCGUGUGCGCUGGGAGGAUGAUUCAGACGAGGAUGUGGCUGAAGUGCAGGACAAUGGUGAGGACGAUGAUGAGGGUGUGAGCGACUAUAGGCAGCCAGAGCCCGCAGCGUUGGACGAGGAGGUGGAUGACGACGACGAGCAUCAGGAAUCAUCUGCAAUGAUGACGGAGCUUGCCUCAGGCACAGAAGAGUCUGAGCCAGAUGUUAAGUCUGGUAAAAAAGAGAAGAAGGAAAAAAAGAAGGACAAGGACGGAAAGAAGGAAAAGAAAGAUAAGAAGAAGGAGGAGAAGGAGAAGAAGAAGAAGGAGAAGGAGGAGGAGAAGGAGAAGGAGAAGGAGGAGGAGAAGGAGGAGAAGGAGAAGAAGGAGGAGAAGGAGAAGAAGGAGGAGAAGGAGAAGAAGGAGAAGAAGGAGAAGAAGGAGGAGAAGGAGAAGAAGGAGAAGAAGGAGAAGAAGGAGAAGAAGGAGAAGAAGGAGAAGAAGGAGGAGAAGGAGAAGAAGGAGAAGAAGGAGAAAAAACACAAAAAAGACAAAGACGUGUCGUCAGGGAGGAAACGUUCUCAUGACGAGGACUCGUCAGCGAAGAAGCAUGUGCGGACGUAG